AGCAGUUUUUCUGUUUCAGCGGGAACAUGUUUCUCGGUUUGCUGGUGCUCUUAUUGGCGGCCCAGGGCUCUGCAGGGCAGCAAUGCCAGAGGCACAUCGACGACUACAAGAGUGCCCUCGGUCGCGGCGAGCUUUGGGCUCUAAACAUGUACGAAUCGUCUACGAAACUACUUGACGGCGUGCUGACCGGACUGAUCGCGCCACCAGGGAACUUUGACCAGUGCCUGGCCGUCAGGGCGCCCGAAUUCAAGGGCAAAUACUGCAGGGUCAAGAUCCAAUUCGAACAAAAUGAGUUGUUGCCCACCUACGAGGUUGCAGCCUGCGGACCUUCCACCUGCAGUGGUGAAGAGAUCGCUCAGCUCGCCGAGUUUAACAUGGGCACCGUCGGUCUGAACGUCAGCAACGCUGUGACCUACGUUCCCUCGUGCGAGUACGAUGGAGGCCGCAACCCUGAUGCCGGCUUUUGGGCAACUAUAGGAGUUAUCGCCUUUCUUGUCCUCCUGGUCAUUUUGGCGGCAAUCGCCGAGUGGUAUUUCGAAAAAUCCAAAGCAAAACCACCAGAAGCCAUCGUGACCCUGACCACGGCCUUCUCCCUGAAGAGGAACCUGCAGCAACUUUUCAAAAUCUCCAGGAGCAAAGUUGCAGGACAGGUUCCGUGCUUGAACGGAAUCCGGGUCAUCAGCACCAUCUGGGUGGUCAUCGGCCACAAAUACGAAAUCUUCCUACCUAAUAUGCCCUUCGUGAACACCUUUGAACUCCUCAAGAUGCCGCAGAAAUUCAGCUCGAUGCCGUACAUUAACGCCCUGUUCGCGGUCGACACCUUUUUCGUCCUGAGCGGCUUCCUGGUCACCUACAUCUACUGCACGGACGCCAUCAAGGGCCGAAAGUUCAACCUUAUUCAGUACUAUGUGUACAGAUACUUGAGGCUGACUGUUCCGGUUGCUGUGAUGGUACUUUUCGUUUCAUUUGUUGUCUACCACAUCGGAAGAGGACCGCAGUGGAACACGCUUCUCGGGUUUCAGUCUCAAAUUUGCAGGGAAAAAUGGUGGACCACUCUUCUCUAUAUUAACAAUUUCGCUGAUUACGAUAAGUACCCAGUCAUGAACACGUGUUUGUACGUGUCUUGGUACCUGUCAGUGGACAUGCAACUCUCCUGGGUGGCACCAAUCGUUCUGCUUCCUCUGAUGCGUUGGCCCAAGUACACUAUGGUCGGCGUUGGAGGCCUCGUUUUGCUCAGCACCAGCCUCAUCUUCGGACUGACCUUCGCUUACGACUUCUUCUGGACCUACCCCGUCUACAAUAUUCCUUAUGAAACAAGCCAGCCCGAUUACUAUUUCUGGUGCUAUGUGAUGCCGUGGACGCGCGCGCAGCCGUACCUGGUGGGCAUGGCGCUGGGCUGGCUGAUGAGCAAGCCACGGAAGCCACUGAGCCGCGUCUGGGCACUGGCAAUCUGGCUGAUCAGCACGGCUUGCGUGCUUGCUGUGCUGCUCACCGUCACCCUGGCCUACCAACCUGACCACCCCUACAACGAGAUCGAGGCUGCAUUCUACAACUCUCUGCACAGACUCGUUUGGGGUCUCAGCAUCGCCUGGGUCAUCUACGCCUGCACCAACGGACUCGCAGGUCCAAUCAACAGCUUCCUUUCGUGGCACUACUGGCAGCCCUUCAGCAAACUCUCCUAUUGCGUUUUCCUGACGCACACCCUCGUCAUUUUCAGUGACGCUGGCCUGAAUAGAACUCCGGCGUAUUUCUCCCACGGCUACAUGGCGCACAGUGUGCUUGGUGAUUUGGUUGUUGAUAUUCCCUUCGCCAUUCUGCUAUACGUAACAACAGAGGCGCCAUCCAUCACUCUUAUUCGGAGACUCUUUGGCAAAGAUAGAAGGGCGGCAACAACGCCAGAAAAGUGACCAGAUUCAAUCUUG